GGAAGGAUGCGGCGCCCGCGGCGGCCGGGGAGUCCCGGAGGCUCCAGGGGGCUCCGGCUGCUCCUCUGCCUCCUGCUUCUGAGCAGCCGCCCGGGGGGCUGCAGCGCCAUUAGUGCCCACGGUUGUCUGUUUGACCGCAGACUCUGCUCCCACCUGGAAGUCUGUAUUCAGGAUGGCUUGUUUGGACAGUGCCAGGUGGGAGUGGGGCAGGCCCGGCCCCUUUUGCAAGUGACUUCCCCUGUUCUCCAACGUUUACAAGGAGUGCUCCGACAACUCAUGUCCCAAGGGUUGUCCUGGCACGAUGACCUCACGCAGUAUGUGAUCUCCCAGGAGAUGGAGCGCAUCCCCCGGCUUCGCCCCCCAGAGCCCCGUCCACGGGACAGAUCUGGCGUGGUGCCCAGGCAACCUGGUCCCGCUGGGGAGCUGGUCUCACAGGGCAUCCCCACCGGCUCCGCCCCUGCCGCCCAGCUCGGGCUUCCCCGACCUCCAGUGGGUGGGGGUGGAGCUGCGGUGGGCUCCCCCCUGACCCCUCUGCAGGCUGAGCUACUGCCCCCUCUCUUGGAGCACCUGCUGCUGCCCCCACAGCCUCCCCACCCAGCUCUGAGUUAUGAACCUGCCUUGCUGCAGCCCUACCUGUUCCACCAGUUUGGCUCUCGCGAUGGAUCCCGGGGCUCAGAGAUCGCCCCAGGGAUAGACAACGCCAGCCCCCUGCACAAGGCUGAAGCCCCCGCCCUCUUCAGCAGAACUGCCUCCAAGGGCAUGUUUGCGGCCCACCCUGGCCACUCCUAUGGGGACCUCCCGGGGCCACCACCUGCUCAGCUUUUCCAGGACUCAGGGCUGCUCUACCUGGCCCAGGAGUUGCCAGUGCCCAGCAGGGCCAGAGCGCCAAGGCUGCCAGAGCAAGGGAGCAGCAGCCGGGCAGUGGACUCCUUCGAGGGCAAUGAAGGGAAAGGACUAGGGGGUCGUGGGGAGAGGCCCCCUUCCUCAGCCGUGCAACCAGAUGGGACUCUGCAGAGACUGGCAGCUGUGCUGGCGGGCUACGGGGUGGAGCUGCGCCAGCUGACCCCGGAACAGCUCUCCACCCUCCUGACCCUGCUGCAGCUGCUGCCCAAAGGCGCAGGGAGAAAUCUCGGAGAGGCGGUGAACGUCGGAGCUGAUGUCAAGAAAACAGUAGAAGAGCAAGUGCAGGGCGGAGACACAGCUGAGCCUCUGCCCCCCACGCCCUCCCUGCCCGGACACCCCACUGCCAGCCCCACUGCCAAUAUAGUUCAGCUGGGGGUAAGCCCCGGCCCCUCCGAGCCUCCCACACCUGCCAGCCCUCCUGCCACACCUGUCCUGCUGGAGAAGAAAAGCCCACUGGGUCAGAGCCAGCCCACCGUGGUGGGCCAGCCCUCAGCUCGGCCGGCAGCUGAAGAGUAUGGCUACAUUGUCACCGACCAGAGGCCCCUGAGCCUGGCUGCCGGAGUGAAGCUCCUGGAGAUCCUGGCUGAGCACGUGCACAUGUCCUCGGGCAGCUUCAUCAAUAUCAGUGUGGUGGGACCAGCCCUCACCUUCCGUAUCCGGCACAAUGAGCAGAACCUGUCCUUGGCAGAUGUGACUCAGCAAGCUGGGCUGGUGAAGGCCGAACUGGAAGCACAGACAGGGCUCCGGAUCUUGCAGACAGGCGUGGGCCAGAGGGAGGAGGCGGCCGCCGUCCUUCCCCGGCCUGCCCACGGCGCCUCUCCCAUGCGCUCUGUGCUCCUUACUCUGGUGGCACUGGCAGGCGUGGCCGGGCUGCUGGUGGCACUGGCAGUGGCUCUGUGUGUGCGGCAGCAUGCGCGGCAGCGGGACAAGGAGCGCCUGGCAGCCCUGGGGCCCGAGGGGGCCCAUGGGGACACCACCUUUGAGUACCAGGACCUGUGCCGGCAGCACAUGGCCACGAAGUCCCUGUUCAACCGGGCCGAGGGGCCGCCGGAGCCCUCCCGCGUGAGCAGUGUGUCCUCCCAGUUCAGCGACGCGGCCCAGGCCAGCCCCAGCUCCCACAGCAGCACGCCGUCGUGGUGUGAGGAGCCCGCCCAGGCCAACAUGGACAUCUCCACAGGACACAUGAUUCUGGCCUACAUGGAGGACCACCUGAGGAACCGGGACCGCCUGGCCAAGGAGUGGCAGGCCCUGUGUGCCUACCAAGCUGAGCCCAACACCUGUGCCACGGCACAGGGGGAGGGCAAUGCCAAGAAGAACCGCCAUCCCGACUUCCUGCCCUACGACCACGCCCGAAUCAAGCUGAAGGUGGAGAGCAGCCCGUCUCGGAGCGACUACAUCAACGCCAGCCCCAUUAUCGAACACGACCCCCGGAUGCCAGCCUACAUAGCCACCCAGGGACCACUGUCCCAUACCAUCGCUGACUUCUGGCAGAUGGUGUGGGAGAGCGGCUGCACCGUCAUCGUGAUGCUGACCCCACUGGUGGAGGAUGGCAUUAAGCAGUGUGACCGCUACUGGCCGGAUGAGGGCUCCUCCCUCUACCACGUGUAUGAGGUGAACCUGGUGUCGGAGCACAUCUGGUGCGAGGACUUCCUAGUGCGGAGUUUCUACCUGAAGAACGUGCAGACCCAGGAGACGCGCACGCUCACGCAGUUCCACUUCCUCAGCUGGCCGGCAGAGGGCACUCCUGCCUCCACCCGGCCGCUGCUGGACUUCCGCAGGAAGGUGAACAAGUGCUACCGCGGCCGCUCCUGCCCCAUCAUCGUGCACUGCAGUGACGGUGCAGGGAGGACCGGCACCUACAUCCUCAUCGACAUGGUCCUGAACCGCAUGGCAAAGGGAGUGAAGGAAAUUGACAUUGCUGCCACCCUGGAGCAUGUGCGGGACCAGCGACCUGGCCUCGUCCGCUCUAAGGACCAGUUUGAAUUUGCCCUGACCGCUGUGGCGGAGGAAGUGAAUGCCAUCCUCAAGGCCCUGCCCCAGUGAGACCCCCGGGACCCCUCCCUGGGCAGCCAGACCCCGUUCCUGUCCGCCUACGUGAGCAUCUGUCUGUGCACCCACGCCUGGCCUCCUC